UUUACACCCACAUGGUGCAAUUGUUGGAGGCCGCUGGGGGGACCCCCCUCUCCCUGCAUAAGAAGGGGGGGAUAUGGGGUUGCCACCUGCAUCUCCUUUCUUGUCUAAUUGCCUUUCUGUUUUUGGUCCAGGCACCGCCGACCAUGGCUGAGGGAGAUGGCCUCGUUUCAGUGGAUUAUGAGGUCUUUGGGAAAGUCCAGGGAGUGUUUUUCCGCAAACACACACAGGCUCAAGGAAAGCUGUUAGGUGUGGUUGGCUGGGUCAAGAACACUGACUAUGGCAGUGUGCAAGGACAGAUCCAAGGUCCUACUGUUAAAGUGCGACAACUUCAAGAAUGGCUUAAGAAGACAGGAAGUCCCAGAUCUCAGAUUGAUAAAGCUGAAUUCCACAAUGAGAAGAAGAUUGCUCAUUUAGAGCAUAGUGACUUCUGCAUUGUCAAAUAACAAGGCCCAGGUGGAAAAAGCACAAGACUUAUAGAAUCAUAACCUUAUCUAGAAGAAAGUCUUCCCUUUAAUGUACUUUUUCUAUUGCUUGCAUGCAAUUUGUUGAUUUUAAGUGUUAUUUAUUUGUUUAUAUUGUUUUUACAUUGAAUGUUCUCAUCUAUCGGCUGGUUUACUGACUGAUUGCUGAUUUAUUAGCUGCUGUUAAUAAAGAAAUUCCUUAGGUAUAUUAUGCCCAAAAGUGUAUGCAAAAAUCGCAUUAUCAUAAUGUAAGGUUUGAAUUGAAUUAGCAAUGUUGUAUUUUUUUCUUCAGUUAUGUUUUUUGUUAGUUUGUUUUUAGUUACCACACCAUAUAAAAUGUGUUUUCUUGUAGAUGUUUUUUUAACUGUUUGGUUUUCUUAGAAUGGGUUCAGUCUAUAAUCUGUAUAAGAAAGCUAAUUCGUACUACUAUUCUGUCAUGCUCCAGUCAGCUUGACCAAGAAACAAACCAAGCUGAGGCUAUCCAGAGGAAGAGACAGAGUAGUGCUGGAUCUAGACAAUAUUCUGUUCCUACAGUGGUCAACUACUUUAACUAUGGGAAGCCUACAAGCAGAACAUGAGCACA